AUGCUUGUGGAAACCGUCCCGGCGGAGAGGGAGCCCGAGCAGCUCAGUGCAGUAAAACUGGAGGAGGAGGAGGCUGCCGGCCAGGAGGACCCCAGGCGGCCAGAGAUCAGGCUCCGGCCCGAAGUGGCUCACCAGCUCUUCAGAUGCUUCCAGUAUCAGGAGGACAUGGGGCCCAGGGCCUCGCUGAGCCGGCUCCGGGAGCUGUGCGGCCACUGGCUGCGGCCAGCCCUGCACACCAAGAAGCAGAUCCUGGAGCUGCUGGUGCUGGAGCAGUUCCUGAGCGUGCUGCCCCCGCACAUCCUGGCCCGGCUCAAGGGCCAGCAGCUCAGGGACGGCGAGGAGGUGGUGCUGCUGCUGGAGGGUGUCCAGAGGGAGUCCAUUGACGUGGGGCCACUGGACUUUAGUUUUAAUGCGGGCAAGAACUGUCCCCGUGCAGACAUCACCGUGGAAGAGCACGGGGACCCUUCCCAGGUCUCUAUCCACAGCCCCAAAAAGGAAGUGCCCCCAGAAAAGCCUCCAGCCCUGGAACCAGCACCGGAACUCCUGCCCCCCCAGCCAGGGCCCUCCCAGCCUGCUGAGCAGGGGGCCUGGAGACUUCCCCCAAGUUCAAAGCAGCCGCUGAGCCCAGGUCCCAAGAGGACAUUCCAGGCCCUGCAGGAUAGUGCCCCCCAGGGCCCCGAGCUGUGGUCUGAAGAGAACUCCCGUGAUCAGGAGCUGGCAGCGGUUUUGGAGUCCUUGACCUUUGAAGAUGUCCCCGUGAAGAAGGCAUGGCCUGUGUACCCUCAGGGAUUUACAAACAGAAUCCCAGACGAGGAGUUCCAAGAAGAUCCCAAAGGGGUUGCCUGGUCUGCUGCUAUCGCAACAGAGUCUCCGGACAGUCCAGGGGCGGCAGGAGGAGCCCAGGAGCAGCCGCUGGGGCAGGGCCCCGCGGUGAGCAGCUCCCGUGGAGGAGAGUCCUCCGGCAGCAGGAGUGACGGGUUUGCUGAGGGCCAAGCGGCCGCCGGCGCCCCCAAGUCGGAGCCAGAGACCAAGUUCAUCUGCACAGAAUGUGGGGUGAGCUUCCCGAAGCUGGCCCGCCUGGAAGGGCACCUGCUGCGCUCUCACCCGGGCCGGCGGUCCUUCCAGUGCCUGUGCUGCGGGAAGACCUUCGGCCGCAACUCCAUCCUCAAGCUGCACAUGCGCACGCACACGGAUGAGCGGCCGCACGCCUGCCAUCUGUGCAGCCACCGCUUCCGCCAGAGCUCCCACCUCAACAAGCACCUGCAGACACACUCGGAGCCCGCCUUCCUGUGCGCCGAAUGCGGCCAGGGCUUCCAGAGCCGGACCAGCCUCCUGCAGCACCUGCUGGCGCACGCCCAGGACCAAAAGGGCCCCUGCGCCCCGGACACCAAGACCAAAGUGGCAGAGCUGACCAUCGUCCUGUGCUCGCACUGCGGCCAGACCUUCAAGCGCCGCUCCAGCCUCAAGCGUCACCUGCGGAUUCACGCCAAAGACAAGAGCCACCAGGGCCCCGAGGGCGCCGACAGCCCGCGCCCCGCCCCGGAGCGCAGGCCCUACGUGUGCAGCGAGUGCGGCAAGGCCUUUCGGCGCAGCGAGCACCUGGCGGCCCACCUGCGCGUGCACACGGGCGAGCGGCCCUUCUCUUGCCAGGUGUGCGGCCGCAGGUUCAGCCAGAGCACCCAGCUGGUCUGCCACCAGCGCGUGCACACCGGCGAGAAGCCCUACGGCUGCCCGCAGUGUGGCAAGCGCUUUGUGCGCAGAGCGAGCCUGGCCCGCCACCUGCUCACCCACGGCGGCCAGAGGCCCUACCGCUGUGCCCAGUGUGGCAAGACCUUCGGCCAGACGCAGGACCUGGCCCGCCACCGGCGCAGCCACACGGGCGAGAAGCCCUGCCGCUGCAGCGAGUGCGGCGAGGGCUUCAGCCAGAGCGCCCACCUGGCGCGCCACCAGCGCAUCCACACCGGGGAGAAGCCCCACGCCUGCGACACCUGCGGCCACCGCUUCCGCAACAGCUCCAACUUGGCCCGCCACCGCCGCAGCCACACGGGGGAGCGGCCCUACGGCUGCAAGACGUGCGGCCGGAGCUUCCGGCGCAAUGCCCACCUGCAGCGGCACCUGGCCACCCAUGCGGGCACCGGGGACCUGGCAUCCGGGCAGGCCGAGCCCCCCCAAGAGUGCCUGGAGUGCGGCAAGAGCUUCAGCCGCAGCUGCAACCUGCUGCGUCACAUGCUGGUGCACACAGGGGCCAGGCCCUACUCCUGCACACAGUGUGGCCGCAGCUUUAGCCGCAACUCCCACCUGAUUCGCCACCUGAGAACCCACUCCCGGGAGACCCUGUACUAG